GCUGGGAGCGCAGCAGAGCAGCGGCUGAAGAAGCACAGCUGGAGAGGAGAGGAGGCCAGGCUGCCCGCUGUAAAGAGAGUCGCUGUCUGCGGGGGGAAUGGACCACGACUGAUUGGGUAAAGUGUGCAUCUGAGAGGGGUCCGAACAAACUGAGGAGAGGUGUCCACCAUGUUCGUCCAUCUUCCACAACACCAGUCCUCCGUGCAGAUUGAAGCUGUCCUUAUCACAGGUGAGAGCCUCAGUGGAGCAGCAGGAGCAGCAGGUGUAGCGGGCGGAGCAGCAGGUGUAGCGGGCGGUGCAGUGGUGGCGUCGGCGGAGUCGUGCGAGAUGGAGGAGGCGGUGGCGGCCGGCGGCUACGUGGAGUUGGACGUGCCCGAGUUCAGCAGCGGCGUGCUGAGUCAGCUCAACGAGCUGCGGCUGCAGGGCAAGCUCUGCGACAUCAUCGUGCACGUGCAGGGCCAGCCCUUCCGCGCCCACAAGGCCGUGCUGGCCGCCAGCUCGCCCUAUUUCCGCGACCACUCGGCGCUGGGCACCAUGAGCGGCCUGUCCAUCUCCGUCAUCAAGAACCCGGAGGUGUUCGAGCAGCUGCUGGCCUUCUGCUACACGGGCCGCAUGGCCCUGCGCCUGCGCGACAUCGUCAGCUUCCUGACCGCCGCCAGCUUCCUGCAGAUGCAGGCGGUCAUCGACAAGUGCACGCAGAUCCUCGAGGGCCUCCACUCCAAGAUCCACCUGCCGCCCGGCGCCAUCGCCAUGGCGGCGAGGGCCAGAGGGCUGGGUCGGAACGGCGUGAAGGAUGGCGGGCUGUUCCUCAACCCCACGCAGAUCUCCCCGCCGUACUACCCGCGCUCCCGGCUCCCGGCCGGACACGCGGCGCGUAGCCACCUCGUCCACCAGGGGGCGGCGGGCUUGGCGCAGGAGGAGGCCCAGUCGGACCGCGGCAGCAGCGACGGCGCCGCCUCGGAGCAGGACGCGUCCAUGGAGGGCGAGACGGAGCAGGUGGAGCUGAUCGGCCGCGACGGCCAGGUGACGGACGUGCACGUGAAGCUGGAGAAGGCGGAGCGGCCGAGCCAGUCGGACAGCUCGUCCACCACGGGCGACGACGGCUACCACACGGAGCUGGUGGACGGCGAGCAGGUGCUGGCGGUCAGCGUGGGCUCGUACGGGCCUGUGUUGGCGGCGCCCCCCGGUGGCUACUCGUACGCGGCGGCCGCCGCCGGUCUGGCCUCCCCCUGCUUCCUCAGCCUGGGGUCCAGCCCCUCUCCCUCUCGCUUCGCUGCUUUCGAGGGGCCGGCUUCGAGGGCAGCUGAUCCAGCCUGCGCCCUGCCCCCCUCCCGCCCGGCGUGCUGAACCAGCUGCGGCGGGGCGACCGAGGGCUGGCGGCGGCUCGGGGGCAGUUCGAAGGCGCAGCGGAGGCACAGCCUCCGUGGCGGCGGGCAGCAGUGGUACCCGUACAACGAGCGUCUGAUCUGCAUCUACUGCGGCAAGUCCUUCAACCAGAAGGGCAGCCUGGACCGCCACAUGCGGCUGCACAUGGGCAUCACGCCGUUCGUGUGCAAGUUCUGCGGCAAGAAGUACACGCGCAAGGAUCAGCUGGAGUACCACAUCCGCGGCCACACCGACAACAAGCCCUUCCACUGCCAGCUGUGCGGCAAGUGCUUCCCCUUCCAGGGCACCCUCAACCAGCACCUGCGCAAGAAGCACAUGGGCGCCGCCACGCCCGACGGGACCGCCAACCACGGCCACUCCCCCGAGCCCCUGGACGGAGGAGGAGGGAGGCUCCCAGGCGAGGAGCAGCAACAAGGGCGCCCGGCGAAGGGGGCUCCGGGCGGAGUGCCGCCCGCCCGCCCUCGGGGAGGCGUCUGGUGGCGAGGAGCCAUGGUGCCCGGCAACAACAGGCGGCAGGCGCCCGCGCCCGAGCUAACGUGGCAACCAGGCCUUUGA